AUGUCACUUGCUGAUGAACUUCUUGCCGAUCUUGAAGAUAUGGAUGGAGGCCAAGGCCUUGCAAAUAAUGAUCAAAAUGAUCUGAAAGAUGAUCAAUCAAUGGAAGUUGAUCAAGUAUCUGCUGCAAUUAAAUCUUUACCAAAUAAUAAUAGUGUUCAUUCUGUUGCCAAAUUAAAAGAUUCAAUAUUACUUAAAGAAACAAUGAGAAAAAUUGAUUUUUAUAUAAAACAUCAACGAAAAUCUACAACAGAAAUUCAAGGUCCUGUUGAACAUGAUCCCGAAUAUUUACUUAUUGUUGACGCUAAUAAUUUACUUGUGGAAAUUGAUAAUGAAAUUGAUAUUAUUCAUAAUUUUGUUCGAACAAUUUAUUAUAAAAGAUUUCCAGAAUUAGAACAACUUGUUCAAUUACCAAUGGAUUAUCUUAAAACUGUUCAGGAAUUAGCUAAUAAUGUUGAUCGAGCAAAAAUGAAUGAAAAUUUACAAAAAUUUUUGACACCAGCAACAAUUAUGAUUGUCAGUGUAUCAGCUUCAACAACACAAGGAAAAAAUCUAACAAAUGAAGAAUUAGAACGUGUUAUGGAAGCAUGUCAAAUGGCGAUGAAUUUAAGUGACAAUAAACAAACAAUAUUAUCAUAUGUUGAAUCUCGAAUGACAUUUAUCGCACCAAAUUUAUCAAUUAUUGUUGGUGCAUCAACAGCAGCUAAAUUAAUGGGUAUGGCUGGAGGUUUAACUAAUUUAACAAAAAUGCCUUCAUGUAAUAUUUUAUUACUGGGGGCACAUAAAAGACUUCUUGGAGGUUUUUCAUCAACAGCAGCUAUGCCUCAUGCUGGCGCCAUUUUUUAUUCGAAAAUUGUUCAAGAUUGUCCACCGGAUCUUCGAGUUCGAGUAGCACGUUUGGUUGCAUGUAAAAUAACAUUAGCUGCACGUAUUGAUAGUUUUCAUGAAAGUCCAAAUGGUGAACAAGGAAAAUUUUUAUUAAGUGAAAUCGAACGACGUUUAGAAAAAUUACAAGAACCACCACCGGUUAAAGCAGUUAAACCAUUACCACCACCAAUUGAUCCUGGAAGAAAAAAACGUGGUGGAAGAAGACAUAGAAAAAUGAAAGAACGUCUUGGAAUGACUCAAUUACGUGCUGAAGCUAAUCAAACGAAAUUUGGAGAGAUUGAAGAAGAUGCAUAUCAAGAUGCAAUUGGUUUUUCAACAGGUAUGAUUGGAAAAUCAGGUUCUGGAAAAGUUCGAGCAGCACAAGUUGAUUCAAAAACAAAAGCGAGAAUUUCUCAAAAACUUCAAAAAACUUUACAACGUCAAAAUAAUCCAUAUGGUGGAACAACAACAGUACAUAAUAGAAAACAAAUUAGUGGAACAGCAUCUAGUGUUGCUUUUACUCCACUUCAAGGCCUUGAAAUUGUUAAUCCAAAUGCAGCUGAAAAAGAUAAAACUGGAAUUGAAAGUCAAAAAUAUUUCUCAAAUACAUUUGGUUUUACUAAAAUUAGUCCAUCAGUUAUUCCAAAAACAACUUGA